AUGUCUGCCGCCGAGAACAGCCCACCCCCCGAGACGAACCCGGAACCGAAUAUACCGGACCGCAAUGGUUUGACGCUGCUGAUGCUGGUGGCCGUCAUUCUGCUGCCGCUGGCGACCUGGUUUGUCUUACCCCUGGUUCCGCCGCUGGGGAGUCUACCCGAACUCUACACGGGAGGCACUUCGUACCCGGCGUCCCCCCUGCACUUCGAUCGCAGCGGGAGUCUGCAGACCGCGAGUGCGGAGGGUUCGUCAAAAGAACUGCCCCUGAUUACCAACGUGCAGAUUCUUGAUUUUGACGGCGACGGAAAAAACGAAAUUCUCGCCUGUGAUGCCGGCAAUAACCGGGUACUACUGAUCUCGAUAGAUAAUGAGGGAGUCCAGACGAAGCGCACGCUGAUUGAGGAUGUCGCUGCGCCCGCGCAUGCGACCGCCGUAGAUAUUGACGCCGACGGCGAUCUGGAUCUGGUGAUUUCGGUGCUGGGCAAUAUUCAACCCGAUGAUGGAGUCGUGGGCAAAGUCGAGCUGUUUGAACAGACGCAAGACGGCUUUGACAGACAUGUGAUUCUGGAUGAUGUCCGCCGCGUCGCCGAUGUGCAGCCGGGCGACUUCGACCAGGAUGGUGACCUCGACCUGGCGGUGGCUGUCUUCGGUUACAACCGUGGUGAAGUCCUCUGGCUGGAGAACCAGGGCAACUUUCAGUUUGUGGAUCACCUGCUGCAUCGGGCGCCGGGAACGAUUCAUGUUCCCGUGGCCGACUUUGACGGGGACGGCGACCUGGAUAUCGCGACGAUCGUCUCGCAGGAAGAAGAAGAGCUCGUGGCCUUUGAAAAUCUGGGCCAGGGAAAAUUUAAAACCCGGUCCCUGUGGAUGACGCCCAAUAUGGACCUGGGCAGUGCGGGUCUGAUUCAUGCCGACCUCGACCAGGAUGGCGAUCAGGAUCUGAUUCUCCCCGCGGGCGACAACCUCGAAGACUUCGAUGCCUACCCACAGCCCUACCACGGAUGUUACUGGUUUGAGAACACGGGCGACUGGAAGUUUAAGCAGCACCGCAUUUCAAACCUGGGAGGUACGUAUGCGGGGGAUGUGACCGAUCUGGACGGCGAUGGGGACCUGGACGUUGUGCUGGUGAGCAUGACGAACGACUGGUACACGCCGGGGAAUGCGAGCCUUGUCUGGCUGGAAAAUGACGGUCAGCAGAACUUCAAGAGCUGGCAGAUCGACAGUGAGCCGAUCCAUCUCGUCACGGUUGCAACGGGCGACCUGAACCAGGAUGGCCGGCCUGACAUUGCCGCUGGUGCGUUGAAUAUGCGGAAACCCUUUGAUCGUAUCGGCACCUGGUGCGGAUAUCUGUUCUACCAGCGGGCUGCACGCCCGGAACCGGUGUUGCCCGAAACGCGGCUGAUGGAUCCUUUGUUUGUAGAGGAUGUCGAACCACUGGUCACGCAGGUGCAGAAAAAUAAUGCGCCUUACGACUGGAUGCAGCUGGGUGAAGCACUACUGGGUCAGGGAUAUUACAGUCAUGCGGCACUCUGUUUUGAACAGGUCGCCCGGCUGAUGCCCGCGAGCCGACUGGCUGAGAGCCGCAUCGCAUAUUGCCUGGAACGGACCGGGCGCACCUCGGAGAGUACCGACAAAUACCUGAGUCUGCUGGAGACCGCAGAAGAGGGACGCGAAGGCGACCGCGAGCGGAUGCAGAUCCGCUAUGAAAUCGGUCGCAAUUAUCUGCGCGAGGAACAGACCGAUAAAGCGGAGGCCAUCUUCCGUGAAAACCUUGGUUUCCUGCCGGCCCGUUAUCAACUGGCCAAACUGUUGAUCCGCUCGGACCGCAUUGAGGAAGCACUGCCUUUGAUUCAGGAAUCGUUACAGCGGGUUCCCCAGUCACUCAAAUUCCGGGAACUGGAACUUCAGGCAUAUCGCAGACAAGGUGACAUGGACGCGGUCAACCGGAGUGCCCUCGCACUGGCGCGGGCCCAGCACUCAGUCCCUUUGCAUCCGGGUUCCGAUUUCAUCGAGCCCUAUCGAAUGCAGUACGGCAUCGAUCGACGGGUCGAAGAGUUCAAUCAGCGGAUUUCGGGAGGCACCCUGGAUGAGCUGGCGAGCGAACUGGAGCAAUUGAUCGAGCUGCUCGACAACCGCCCCACGACCCAUUAUCCGAUCUUCCUGAUGCGGCUGGCGGAAGUGAAUCUGCAGCGAAAACGUCCCGAACAGAUCGGCAAGACGAUUCAGCAGUUGAACGACCUGCAGAUCCACAACGCCGAGACCCUGCUCUACCAGGCGCAGUCUCUGGGGAUGCAGGACGAGUGGGAUCAGGCUGCAGAGCUGGCUCAGCGAGCAGCGCUGCUGACCAAAGAUCCGGACCUGCAUCAGCAGAUUGCGGACAUCCUGGAAAAGGCGGGGCAGGCGGAGGCAAGUAAGGCGGCACACGCACGGGCCUUGCGGCUCAAAGGGAUGCUGGCUUACCGCGAGAAUCAGCUCGCAGAGGCGGAAGCCCUGCUCGAUCAGUCAUUCACCCUGAACCCCGCAGAUCCCCAGGUAUGCCCCGACACGGUCGUGCGCGGCGACAACUGA